CGUUCGCGCUGCGCAGGCGCGGCCGCGACCCCGCCCCGGUCCCGCCGUGCCCCGCGCCCAUGGCCGCCCGGGCGCUGCUGCGGGCGGCGGGAGCUGUGCUCCGUGCCUCGGCCCGCGGCUACGCCAAGAAACCCGCCGCCAAGUCCAAAGGCAAGGGUGUGCCGAAGGAGGCGUUGAAGGGGCCGGAGGUGUGCACCGACCCCACCAUGCUCGCCACCCAUGCCAUGGGGGUCAACUACUUCAAGGAGGGUCCGGAGGUGGCCCUGAAGCCCGAGUCCGAGUACCCCGACUGGCUCUUUAAGAUCCACCUCGGGCCCCCCAAGAAGCUGGAGGAGCUGGACCCCGACUCACUCGAGUACUGGAGGCGCCUGCGGAAGUACAACACAUGGCAGCGCAACAAGUUGAAGAAGGGCAAGAAGCUGUAGGUGCUGCUGAGCUGGGGGCUUCCCUGUGUGCCAGCACAAAUGGCACUGGGAUCUGCCCUGGCUUUUGGUCUCUUUUCCUUGCUGUAAAUAAAAAAUAAAUCUCU